UGGCUAAUGUCCUCCAUAAACCCAGCUUCACGUGCCCGUUCCACAGACAGAUACCUGUCAGAAUGGGGCUUCAUCCACAAAUUGACAGUUGAAAUGCUACUACGGACUGCCAAAAUAAUCGUGGAUGUUUGUAUUCAGCAAAAAAAGUCGCGAGGCGCAACUGUUUCUCCUUGUUUCAGUUGCACGUGCUGUAUCUUCCUUUCCUUUCACCAUUAUCAUGACAUACCGCAGAAGCCUGCAAAAAUCCCUCUCGGACAACACGCAGAUAUUUGAAUGUUUCUUUGACAGAAAGCUGAACAGCAUCGAAAUGGAACGCAGAAACAAGAGGAUUGAAAUCAGAUUGGCCCGGCACCAUAUCCCCCUAUCCGAACUCUCUGCGGUAUCCUUGGCCCUCUAUCCUCCUGAGCAGCAGCCCUCCACUGAGUGCGUGCUCGUGCUGCAUAAGUACAAGUUGCCGGCACCGAAUAUCACUUUACGAAUUGAUUUCACUUCGCCCUCGGCCCCACACGCAUCUAACAUUCGACUUCACGGUUUCAUCUUUGGCACCGUAUGUCCCAUCCAGUUCGGGGGGCGAGGGAUAUUUCAGAUUAGCAUGUUCAAGCCUGAACAUUCUGUUGCUCUGAUUCGUUACAUCUACACUCGCGAGGUUUCACCAAUUGUGGUCUCCCUUCUCGGGGUCACGAGGUUAAUAGAGGAGAAGGACUUGAAGCAGCCGAGGAUCCCCACAGCCGACUGGAAUCCCAUCGUUUUGUUGAUGAUGCAGACGAAGACGGAGAGGGAGUUGGACGAGGUGGGAGUGGGGAUUGAGGAGUUUUGCUGGGCAGUGGGGAGUCUGAGUAUGCGCUGGGAAGAUAUUUGGGACGCUCUUAAUCUCGCUUGGAGAUUGCUACUUUGUGCGCAUCCUGAUGGACGACGUAGAACAAUGAAGAAUUGGCCCAGGCGUUGAACAAAUGUCAGGACGAAGGUAUCGGUAUAAACCGAUUGUCGAAUCUUAUCAAGCUUGAAAGGGUUGAGCUUGUUUUUGGUUAGAUGCGGGAGUGCAGGCGCUGUGAGUAUUCUGCAAGGUCUCACUGGUCGAGAGAAUCGGCGCCUGCCGGCGAUUGAAACUGAAGAGGGAGUGACCAAGUCUCUCAAUGAUGGUCUUUCUAUCAGAAGUUCUCUUAAAUCGGUCAAGAACCACAUACCACACCCUCUUCAGGCCAGCCUGUUCCGCGAACCCAGCCUCGCCCACCACAGAUGGUCGGUCAGGUGUACUUACCACUGGUCCAGGUCAGGGAUCCUCCUGAUCCUCGGUAACGCCGAACUUAUCUUUCAUAUCUGUGUGCUGCGAGAGCGAACUCGCAUCUAUAAGCCGUUCUUCGCCCAGCAUGCUAGAGUAAUCUC